UACUGAACUUUUACUUUGGAAUUUUUUGUGGAAGUUGCAGAAUUGUAGAAACGCCGAGUGAGAAGCAGUCCCGCCGACUCGGGGCCUCUACUCCUCCGUCUCAACUUGCAGAGCCCUAACACCCCCAGGCCACUCGACAUUAUCCGGACCCACAGCAAGAGAUAAUUUCUGGUUGAAUCAACAGAAGAAGUGAGAUGUCAAGGUUUCAUGUUGGUGGGAAAGUGGUAGAUACUGUUGAUUUAUUGCGAAAGAGGCAUUGGGGAUGGCGUUUGGAUAUGUGGCCUUUCACGAUUCUCUAUGGAGUGUGGCUGGCAGCUGUAGUCCCUAGCCUGGAUUUCGGGGAUGCCUCAAUAGUUUUGGGCGGUAUUUUGGCAUUUCAUGUUCUGGUUUUUCUGUUCACAGUGUGGUCUGUGGACUUCAAAUGCUUUGUGCAGUAUUCUAAGGUUAAUGAUAUUUACCGGGCGGAUGCCUGCAAAAUUACUCCAGCUAAAUUUUCUGGCUCGAAAGAAGUUGUGCCCCUUCACUUUCGUAAGCUGGCAGGUUCAUCUACAUCAUUGGAUACGGAGGAAAUCUACUUUGAUUUCAGGAAGCAACGCUUUAUAUACUCACAGGAGAAAAAUACCUUUUGUAAGCUUCCUUAUCCAUCCAAGGAAACAAUUGGGUAUUAUCUCAAGAGUACUGGUUAUGGUACAGAAGCUAAAAUUGUGGCUGCUACUGAGAAAUGGGGAAGGAAUGUAUUUGAAUAUCCUCAACCCACAUUCCAAAAAUUGAUGAAAGAGCAAAUCAUGGAACCAUUUUUUGUAUUCCAGGUUUUCUGUGUGGGCCUGUGGUGUUUGGACGAAUACUGGUAUUAUAGUCUAUUCACUCUAUUCAUGCUCUUCAUGUUUGAGUCAACAAUGGCAAAAAGCCGUCUGAAGACUCUGUCUGAGCUUAGACGUGUAAAAGUGGAUAGCCAGACUUUGAUGGUGUAUCGUUGUGGAAAGUGGGUUAAACUCUCUGGGACAGAACUUCUACCUGGUGAUGUUGUGUCUAUUGGACGCUCUACUGGUCUAGACGGAGGUAUCAGUAAUAGGUAGAGGAGCUGAUGAGAAACUAUCAGCUAGACGAGAUAAAGCACAUGUUCUUUUUGGUGGUACAAAAAUAUUACAGCACACACCAGAUAAGACAUUUCACUUGAAAGCCCCUGAUGGAGGCUGCGUGGCAGUGGUACUGCGAACUGGAUUUGAAACAAGUCAAGGGAAGCUAAUGCGCACUAUAUUAUUUUCUACUGAGAGGGUUACUGCAAAUAGCUGGGAAAGUGGACUAUUUAUUUUGUUCUUAGUCGUAUUUGCUUUGAUAGCUGCUGGUUAUGUCCUUAAGAAGGGGCUCGAGGAUCCAACAAGAAGUAGAUACAAGCUUCUUCUGAGUUGUUCAUUGAUUAUUACUUCUGUGAUACCUCCUGAACUUCCAAUGGAGCUGUCAAUAGCUGUUAAUACAUCAUUGAUUGCACUAGCACGCCGUGGGAUAUACUGUACAGAACCAUUUAGAAUUCCAUUUGCUGGAAAGGUUGAUAUAUGCUGUUUUGAUAAGACUGGGACACUAACAUCCGAUGACAUGGAAUUUUCUGGAGUUGGUGGUUUGACUGACAGUGAAGACUUGGAAACAGAAAUGUCUAAAGUGCCUGAUCGAACUUUGGAAAUUCUUGCUUCUUGUCAUGCUUUGGUCUUUGUGGAUAAUAAGCUGGUUGGUGAUCCGCUUGAGAAGGCUGCACUGAAAGGAAUUGAGUGGACAUACAAAUCAGAUGAAAAAGCCAUGCCAAAAAAGGGAGGUGCCAGUUCUGUCCAGAUUGUACAAAGGCAUCACUUUGCUUCUUACUUAAAAAGAAUGGCAGUCGUUGUCCGUGUUCAAGAGCAGUUUUUUGCUUUUGUUAAGGGUGCGCCAGAAACCAUUCAGGAAAGGCUUGUUGAUGUGCCUUCAUGGUAUGUUAACACUUACAAGAAACACACACGUCAAGGAUCUCGUGUUCUAGCUUUGGCAUACAAGUCUCUCCCAGAGAUGACGGUUAGUGAAGCGAGAAGCUUGGACCGAGAGACUGUGGAAAGUGAUCUUACCUUUGCUGGUUUUGCGGUUUUCAAUUGCCCUAUCCGAGCAGAUUCAGCCACUGUGUUAUCUGAACUCAGAGGAUCCUCACAUGAUUUGGUCAUGAUUACCGGGGAUCAAGCAUUGACAGCUUGCCAUGUUGCUCGCCAAGUUAAUAUUAUCUCAAAACCGGCACUAAUUCUUGGCCGUGCACAAGGUAAUGAAGGAUAUGAGUGGGUUUCUCCAGAUGAGACAUAUACGACUACCUACAGGGAGAAUGAGGUUGAAGCUCUGUCUGAAGCUCAUGAUCUUUGCAUUGGAGGUGACUGCAUGGAAAUGUUGCAGCAAACUUCAUCUACCCUUAAAGUUAUUCCAUAUGUAAAGGUAUUCGCUCGAGUUGCCCCUGAGCAAAAGGAACUUAUUAUCACUACAUUUAAAUCGGUGGGAAGGGUCACCCUGAUGUGUGGUGAUGGCACCAAUGAUGUUGGAGCUCUGAAGCAGGCACAUGUUGGGGUAGCUCUGCUUAAUGCAAUACCUCCAACAACAAAUCAGAAGUCUGCCUCUCAAGCAUCAUCAAAAAGUGAAACUGAAAAAGCUGCAAAAGCGAAGAAACUUAAGUCAACUGGUGGAAAUGGAGAGAAUCCUUCAAAGAGCCGUGCUGUUUCUAAGUUAGAAUCUACUAGUAACCAAGCUGCAAAUCGUCAUCUGACAGCUGCAGAAAUGCAGCGCCAAAAGCUGAAGAAACUAAUGGAUGAGCUAAAUGAGGACGGUGACGGUCGCUCUGCUCCAGUUGUUAAGCUGGGGGAUGCCUCUAUGGCGUCACCAUUUACGGCAAAGCAUGCUUCAGUUGCUCCCACAACCGACAUAAUCCGUCAGGGUCGUAGUACUCUUGUGACCACACUCCAAAUGUUCAAGAUACUCGGACUUAACUGCCUUGCUACCGCCUAUGUCCUGAGUGUAAUGUACUUAGACGGCGUGAAACUGGGUGAUGUUCAGGCCACAAUUAGUGGGGUUUUCACUGCCGCCUUCUUUCUGUUUAUCUCGCAUGCUUCCCCACUUCCUACCCUUUCAGCUGAGCGGCCCCAUCCUAAUAUCUUCUGCUCUUACGUUUUCCUCUCUCUCCUUGGUCAAUUCACCAUUCACAUUUUCUUCUUGAUAACGUCAGUUAACGAGGCUGGGAAGUACAUGCCAGACGAGUGCAUCGAGCCGGACUCAGAUUUUCAUCCCAACCUUGUGAAUACGGUUUCUUACAUGGUAGGGAUGAUGCUACAGGUGGCCACCUUUGCUGUGAACUAUAUGGGCCAUCCUUUCAAUCAGAGCAUCUCACAAAACAGGCCGUUUUUGUAUUCCCUUCUGGGUGCUGUUGUUUUUUUCACGGUCAUUACUUCCGACUUAUUCAGGGACUUGAAUGAUUGGCUGAAGUUGGUCCCACUGCCCAGAGAACUGAGGAAUAAGCUGAUGAUAUGGGCUUUCCUUACAUUUAUCAUUUGUUAUACGUGGGAGAGAUUGUUGAGGUGGGCCUUCCCUGGUAAGAUGCCUUCUUGGAAGAAGAAGCAACGGCUGGCUGCGGGAAGUGUGGAAAAGAAGAACGCUUAAACCUAUAGGAUUUUGGAUUGAUGUACAAGGUCUUGAUGGUAAUGGUUAAGACCGACCGCAUUGUAUGUCAGAGAGAUGAUAAUUUUUCUUAGGUACUUGCAUUCUGAUGUAGCACAUCAUGAGAAGUUCUAAUAUAUAGGAAUUUUGUGAUGCAUUCAGAUAGGGCAUUAUGAGAACAAUCCCAAUUUUUCUGGUUGGGGUGGGGGAGGUAUUAUUUUCAUGUAAAAUUAUUUAUCAGCGUGAGUAGCGGCAGUGGCCUGUUUUAAUGGGGACCAUUUUGUCUCGGAUACUUUAACUUGGACUAACAAGGAUUUUAUUUAGACUUUGGUA